AUGACCCGUGCUGGCUCUAAAGCAACAGCAUCGUCGUUUUCAUCAACAACCAAAAAUGAUGGUUCUAAAAAAUCAUCAACGUCAAAUAAACGAACAUAUCAGGUAGACUCGUCUGUGGCAACGAGAGCGAAUGAUAGUGAAAACCAAGUUCCACAAGAAAAAAGCCCCUCGUUUUAUCUCAUACCUCAAUCAUUGCAGUCAGAUGAACAGCAACAGAAACAACAAUCUUCCUCGUCUAUAACUAUCCGUCAUGCACGUUCAAAAAUCCGGAAAAAACUUCCGUUUGAUACCAUUGACGAAGAAAACGAUGAAAUGACUAGUCACCAACCAUCACAUAAAGAAAAAUUCCAAUAUUCUCCCACAAGUCAGUUAAUAUUUGAUUCAACAAAAAGUCCACCAGGACAAAAGCCAAGAAUUAUUUUAAAAAUUCGCCUUAAUCCAUUGAAAGAUAAUCAGGAACAAACGAGUCCAACAAAAGAAUUAGCAAAUGAAAUAACAGAAGCAUUAGGUACAGUUAAAUUAGCAAACGAUAUUAAAUCUAGUGAAAAUAAUAAAGUUGUUUCGUCUCGUAUUAUACCAUUCACACGAAAUAAACGGAUACAAUCGGCAGCAAAUGUACCGUUGAGAAAAAUACAUGGAACACCGUUAAGAGGACAAUUUUUACAUGCACCAGAUAUAAAAAUAAAUGACGACGUUGAUAAUAAUAACGAAAUUAAUUCAAAUCAAACAAGUCAACAGCCACUUCCUGCAUUAUGCGUAAAAAAAACACUUUCAACGAAACAAAUAGAAAAUUUUAUUGACGGUGUUAUAAAUGAUGACAAUGAUGUUAGUCCAUUAAGACGAAGUAAACGAUGUGUAAAAUUAACAAAAUAUAAAACAGCCAUGAAUUUUGAUUCAUUUAUUGAUCAAGAAUGUGAAGAUGGUUUAGAAAUACGAACAACAAAUGAUAAAGGUCGUGGUAUAUUUUCUACAAAAAAGUUUUAUCGUGGUGAUUAUAUUGUUGAAUAUGCUGGAGAUUUAAUCAGUUAUCAACAAGCAAAACAACGGGAAUUAACUUAUGGUUUAAAUUGUCGAAUUGGCUGUUAUAUGUACUAUUUUAAACAUGGAGAAAAAGUUUAUUGUGUCGACGCAACGGAAGAAACAAAUCGUCUUGGUCGUCUCAUAAACCAUAGUCGAAAAGGUUGUAAUUGUCAGGCAAAAGUAUUUGUGAUCAAAGAUCAACCACGAUUGAUUUUGAUUGCAUCACGUGACAUUAAUGUUGGAGAAGAAUUAUUAUAUGAUUAUGGUGAAAGACGAAAAGAUGUUGUGGAUAGUUUUCCUUGGUUAAAUGGAUAA